AUGCAGCGGGCGGGGCCGGAGGAGGCGGCGAGGGCGCAGGCGGCGGCGGGGGGGCCCGGGCGGAGCGGGACCGAGGUGGCGGCGGCCCCCGCCGGGCGGCUCCUGAGGCGGGAGCUGCGGCUGCUCGAGUCCAUCUUUCACCGCGGUCACGAGCGGUUCCGCAUCGGCAGCGCCUGCCCGGACGAGAUCAGCUGCGAGUUCGUCCCGGGGGCCGGGGCCCGCGCCGGCGCCUCCGCCUCCCGGGGGCCGCCGCCGGGACCCGUCCGUAUUCACUGCAACAUCACGGAGUCUUAUCCAGCUGUUCCCCCAAUAUGGUCUGUGGAGUCAGAUGAUCCCAACCUGGCAGCUAUCCUGGAGAGGCUGGUGGAAGUCAGGAAAGGAAAUACAUUGCUUUUGCAGCACCUGAAGCGAAUAAUCUCUGACCUGUGCAAACUCUACAACCUCCCCCAACAUCCAGAUGUUGAAAUGCUGGACCAGCCUCUGCCAGCAGAACAGAGCACCCAGGAAGAGGUGUCCUCUGAAGAGGAAGAUGAAGAGAUGCCAGAGGACACUGAGGACUUGGACCACUAUGAGAUGAAAGAGGAAGAGCCAGCAGAUGGGAGAAAGACAGAGGAUGAAGGCAUUGGGAAAGAAAACCUGGCCAUUUUAGAGAAAAUAAAAAAGAACCAGAGGCAAGAUUACUUAAAUGGUGCAGUGUCUGGGUCUGUGCAGGCCACUGACCGGCUAAUGAAGGAGCUCAGGGAUAUUUACCGAUCACCAAGUUUCAAGGGCGGAUACUAUGCAGUUGAACUAGUGAAUGACAGCCUGUACGAUUGGAACGUCAAACUCCUGAAGGUUGACGAGGACAGCGCUUUGCACAACGAUCUCCAAAUCCUCAAAGAGAAAGAAGGAACAGAUUUCAUCCUCCUCAACUUUUCUUUUAAAGAUAACUUUCCUUUUGAUCCACCGUUUGUAAGGGUUGUAUCCCCGGUGCUGUCAGGGGGGUAUGUUUUGGGUGGUGGUGCCAUCUGCAUGGAGCUGCUUACGAAACAGGGCUGGAGUAGUGCCUACUCCAUCGAGUCGGUGAUCAUGCAGAUCAGUGCAACGCUGGUGAAAGGGAAAGCACGAGUACAAUUUGGAGCCAACAAGAACCAGUACAGCCUGACAAGAGCACAGCAGUCCUACAAAUCCCUGGUUCAGAUCCAUGAGAAAAAUGGCUGGUAUACACCACCCAAGGAGGAUGGCUAGUGUGGAUGCUGCAGGACCAAUCUGAAUAUCUUCUGGAUGCUCUACUUGGAUCUUAGUGAUGCCUCUUGGCUUUCUCCCAGGAUGUAAUAGCUCUGCCUAUUGCAGGACAAUACUGGCUGUUCAAAACUCUAAAUAACUGUUUAAGGAGUUGGACUGACCCAGAACACUUGCUGGGCCCAUGCUAGCAGGCAUUCUUGUUAAAACAAACUCUUGAGCCUCUUGUAUUGCUGGAAACUUUUGACUCUACUCCAGUCUAGAGCAUCCUCCUUACCUAUGCUAUGGAUUUAAUUUAUUUUCUUAUUUCAUGUACACUGCUUUUUUUUGUUACGGUGUAUGAUGGAUGUGUAUGGAAAAUGUAUCUUUGGAGAAAAAUUACAGUUUGUUAAUUUGAGAAUGCUGGUCUAACUAAUUUUUCCCAAGCUCCUGCUGGGUGGGUUGUGCCCUGCAAACCCUGCUGCAGCCCUAGUCCCAGGGUGGGGCGGUCGAUGGAGCUAUGGUGGGCCCAAGCCCUGCAGGAAGACUUGGCACAAUUGCCUCGGAAGAAGAAAAGCCCUUUUCUUUUUUGGCAUUAAGGGAGCAGAGUUUCUGCCCCAUCUUUCCUAGGCAAACCCAGCUUUUCUCUAUAAACUGCAGACUUACAACUUGAAGCACAGAGAUCUGUGAGGCUGUGCUCUCCUCUGCAGCAGAGGAAGGGUUUGUGUUUGUAUCACACUUCUCCCUGUCCUCUUGCCAAGCAGUUAAGAUGAGCUGAGGCCUGAGCUUUGUCCUGUUUCUCCCCACUAGCCACACAUGGAGGCUGAGCCCCUUGUCCCCAUCCCUGCUGGGCUGUGGCUGCAAGCUGCUGCAGGGAGUGGAGCUCUGUCCUACCACUGCUUCCCAUCCCUGGCCAGAACCUAUUCCAUCAGUGAACACCCUGUUCUAUGGGGUUUUAUUUUACUUUCCUUAAGCUAUUGUUCCUGCUCGCCUUUGUACUCCAGCCCUCUAUGGCCGGGGUUGCUGCAGUUGUGGCCUGUCGUCUUGAAUCCCCACGGCCCUGUUUUGAGUCUGCUGGAAGGAGAUCUGGCUGUUGGAGCUCCUCUAACUUGGGCCAUGUCCUCGUCUGGAGGACAGAACUGACGCACUAGUGUCAAAGAUGGAACCAUGCGUAUUAAUUCACUGUGUUUGAAUAAAAGUCAUUAGAAAAUCAAA